AGUAAGUACAAGUUUUUACCAGCUUACUUCCUUAUUCUGUCCACAGUUGCUGCUUCUUUUACUAUCGUUUUUGCUUUAAUGAAAAAUGGCUUGUUAACUACUGAAAUGAAUAUUCUCGCCAAAACCGUGUUGGUUGCAUCACAAAAAGAGACUGAAAAUAAUGGAAUGGAGACAAAAAAAGCAAAGUGAUGCAUCUGAAAGAAGAAGUGGAAACAAUCAGAGAGGAAGUAGAGUUGGACAGAUCGAAGGAAGUUUAUAAAACAGAAUUGUUGCCACCUAUCUGACAUUCUUUUACUGCUUGGGAGGUUUCUUUGAAUUUUUGCUGAUGAACCAACAUCUCUUCAGUUGUUGCGAGCAUUAAACAGAGGACAUUUGAAAUCUGUAACUCCACCAACCUGCAAAAAGGUAAAACACAUGGAGUGGAGAGAAAACGGGUGCAGCAUUAGAUCUGAUGCUGAUAAAUGGUGGUUAAACUUUUUGACAUCAAUAAGACUCAUCGUUCUAUGACUGAGAACGGCCCUAAACCUCCUCGACUCUAAUGGAUUGUGAAGCCUGAAGUCCAAGUCAAAGAGUUAGGACCAUCAUCUGAAUUAAGGAAUAUAAUGAUGAGCACCAACUUGAAUUCUGGGCCCUUUUUUGGUCUCUCGUAAUCUCUGCUUCUCCCAGAAUCUUAAACAGAUCUGUCAAAGUCUUUUCUUCAGCUGAUUUCCAGGCAUGUCAGCUGACAAUGUUACUAUAUGCAAAAAUUAUAGUCACAUUCAUCAACUGCAGUUGAUUGGAUACAGCUUGAUCUUCAUAGCAGGCGUAUGUCUCAAUAUUGCAUCCCUCUUGAUCUUCUUGUACUAUCUGAAGCUCAAGUCAGUGGUAGCCAUCUACAUGUGUAACCUGGUUGUGAGUGACCUCCUUUUCACCAUAUCUUUGCCCUUCCGUAUUUACUAUUAUCACAUGGGAGAAUGGCCCUUUGGAAGUUUCCUUUGUCAAGUCUCAGGUUCCCUCUUUCAAAUAAAUAUGUAUGGUAGCUGCCUCUUCCUGAUGUGCAUCAAUUUUGACCGAUUUAUUGCUAUUGUCUACCCACUACGCUGGCGCCACCUCCGGCGUCCCAAAGUGGCCCGGCUGCUCUGCUGUGUGGUUUGGGUACUAAUCCUGGUAAGCUCUAUUCCAGUUGCUGUAAUCCACAAGACAACUCCGUGUAUUAAGCAAAGUGGAACAAAUUCUAAACAAAAUGAAAUUACUGUGUGCUUUGAAAGUUUCAGUAAGCACUUGUGGCAGGGAAAAAUCUUCGGUCUGGUCAUUUUAGCAGAGAUUCUUGGCUUUCUCCUCCCUCUGACCUCUGUGACGGUCUGUUCAAUCCGAAUUUUUCAGAAACUGUGCCAAACCCGUGGGGCCAAGACCCUACGACAAGAAAAGACCAUUCGCAUGCUUGUAGUCAAUCUGGUCAUCUUUAUCAUCUGCUUCGUACCCUACAACACCAUUCUGGCAGUCUAUGGGAUGAUAAAAGCCAACGUGAUUAAGACUGAUUUAACCAUGCAGGCUUCAGUGCGCAACGCCCUUAUCGUCACUAUGCUAUUUGCAAGUAUGAAUUGUACCCUGGACCCCUUGAUCUAUUAUUUCAAUACAGAAGGCUUCAAAAAUACUUUGAAGAAAAUAAGAAGAGGGCAGACUUGGGAUUUUGAGAUGGGAACACUUCAGACUCGAGCAACAAAAGUUGGUUACUACAAGGCAGCAAAUGUUAAGCAAGACAGUAAACAAUAUCCAGUUCAGAAUUCAAUUGCUCCCUGUGAGGACUUGCCCUUUGCUUCUCCUAAGAUAUUCUUGAGUAGCUCCAUUGAAGACUGAAAUAUAGAGAUGGGGGACCUAUCAAACUAUCAAGCUUUUGGAAUGAAUUGGCAUUACAGAAAGUAAUUGCCAGAAACAUUUGAACAAAAUACGAAGAUUUUAUGCACUUAAACACUGUAAAGCCCUAUACUGUACAGUAAGUAUUUCAUAUUUCAAGAACAAUUUCCAAUAUUGAUUUUAGAAUUUAUUUUCCAUUUCCCAUCCAUAGAGCUGUCUGAUACUCAUAUGAAUGCUAUAAGGCAGGGGUGGCGAACCUAUGGCAUGCGUGCCAGAGGCGGCACUCAGAGCCCUCUCUGUGGGCACUUCUCUGAACUGCUGAUGGCGGGCUACGGAGCCCCAGAGUGAGCCGGUCGAGGGGCUGGCAGGCUGUGGCUGCUGACGGACAAUGUCAGCCUCCAUGCGCUCGCUCUGUGUGCGGGGGCCGAUGGUGUCAGGCAGCAGCAGCCCCAGCCCCUUGCCUUGCCCUGAGAUAAUGGCACCCCCACCCUGCCUCGCCUCACCCCACAGGAUGAGCCUCCUACCCAC